AUGAAUGAUCCAAAUGCACUUACUGAUCAAAAUAAACAAAGAAUAAUGAAAUCCCAUUUAUUUGAUGAAGAAAAUGAAACAACAACUGUUAAACCACCACCAAAAACUCCUGAUUCAGCUUAUAAAUCUCAAUAUACUCCAUCUCCAAGAGCAACUCAACAUAAUUAUACUCCUACUCUUAACACAAGAAAUCAACAAUAUGCUUACCAAAAUUCUACUCCUACAAAACAAAUUAUUAAACAAAUUGAUCCAAUUCCACCAACUCCUCCAUUGCCUAAUAUUGUGCCAUUUCCAGAUUUUAAAUUCGAGCCAUUGAAUAAACUAGAAAGACCAGAUAUUGCAUUUAAUAAAAAUAACGAUAUUAAUUCAACAAUUGAUACAUCGAGUUUGAUAGUCCUUGGAUCUCUAAGAGAAAAGAUGUCUAAAGAAUCAGCAGAAUUUGCAGAAAGAAUGAAAAAUUUAAUAAUUUAUGAACAACAACCUUCAAACUCAUUUACAAGAUCAAUGAACAUGUCAGGAACUCUCAACGGAUCUCAAAAACUAACAGUUGAAGGAGAAUUUAUAAUGCCAAACGGAACUCCUUUCACAUAA